ACACAGAAAUGUUCUUUAUUUCCUGUGCAGGACAUGGAAAUGUGCGGCUGGCUCAUCUUUCCUUCGUCAGGUGAUUGAGAGGCCGAGGAACACAAUUCUGAUUUCAACAAUGCCGAGAAGCUGAGGCGAUUAAACCUGCUCGGUGUUGGGAAAGCUGCUCCUUUGGGAGAAAGGGAUGUCAUGAAAUAACACACUGCAGUCAGCCUUGAGGUUAAGAGGAAACUUUUAAAAGAGAAAAAAAGAGUUUUUCCAGACUGAAGCUGAAGACUUGGGAAGAAUACACGAAAUGUCUUCGGAAGGGAAAAAGCUUUUCAACAUCAUUAUUUUGGGAGUCUCAUUUAUGUUUAUAUUCACUGCUUUCCAAUCCUGUGGAAAUAUCGCGCAAACUGUUAUCACGAAUUUAAACAACACAGACUUUCAUGGCAGUGGCUACACGAGCAUGUCCAUUAUUUAUGGAGUACUGUCUGCAUCAAAUCUUAUAUCACCUUCGCUGGUUGCAAUAGUGGGACCUCAAUUCUCCAUGGUUGUUAGUGGUGUGUUUUAUAGCCUAUACAUUGCAGUCUUUAUCCAGCCAGCUACAUGGGCUUUCUACACUGCCUCUGUGCUUAUUGGCAUUGCAGCUGCUGUCCUCUGGACAGCCCAGGGAAAUUGCUUGACUGAAAAUUCUGAUGAAAACACCAUUGGAAGGAACAGUGGAAUAUUUUGGGCACUCCUACAGUUCAGCUUGAUUUUUGGAAAUCUGUAUAUAUACCUCGCAUGGCAAGGAAAAACUCACAUAUCAGAGAGCGAUCGCAGGACUGUCUUCAUUGCUCUGACUGUUAUCAGUCUUGUGGGCACAGUUCUGUUCUUUCUGAUUAGGAAAAAAGAGGACACAAAAGCUCCAGGGGAUGAUGAUUCCACUAAUGAAAUCCUGGGGGAGAGCUCGUCUGCAGGAAACAAAAUGAUGAGAGCAGUGGCUGCCUUCAAGAAAUCUAUUACACUGAGCUUCACCAAAGAGAUGCUGCUUCUCAGUGUUACCACAGCCUACACAGGUUUGGUGUUAACAUUCUUUUCUGGAGUGUAUGGAACGUGCAUUGGUGCUGUGAAUAGGUUUGGCAGUGAAGAGAAAAGCCUGAUUGGUCUCUCUGGUAUUUUUAUUGGUGUUGGAGAAAUCUUGGGGGGAGGAAUCUUUGGCUUGCUGAGCAAGAAGAUUCGCUCUGGCAGGAACCCAGUGGUGAUGCUGGGCAUCCUUGUCCACUUCAUAGCCUUUUAUUUAAUUUUUUUCAACAUGCCAAAUGAUGCCCCCAUUGCUCCUAUGGAAGGAACAGAUAAAGUUGCUUAUAUGAUUCCAAGCAAAGAGGUGGCCAUGCUCUGCAGCUUCCUGCUGGGGCUGGGGGACAGCUGCUUCAACACCCAGCUCCUCAGUAUUUUGGGAUUCCUGUACUCAGAGGACAGUGCUCCUGCCUUUGCCAUCUUUAAGUUUGUUCAGUCCAUCUGUGCUGCGGUUGCUUAUUUCUACAGCAACUAUUUCCUGCUGCAGUGGCAGCUGCUGAUCAUGGUGCUGGUGGGCUUCUUUGGAACAAUCACCUUCUUCACCGUGGAGUGGGGAGCAGCAGCAGCCCUUGCUGCCCGUGGCUCAGACUACAGCAGCAUCUGAUCCCCGUGCCAGGCCUGCCCUGCCAGGAGGAGCAGCACAAACACGGUUUUUGGGUGUGAAAAUGUGAAAGAGAUGGAGUUGCUUGCAGAGGUUGAGAUGGAGGAAGCUGCUGCUUCAGUCCUGCUGAAUGUGAAGCAGGAGGAAAAAAAAAUGUCACGUUUGAAAGGCUUUUUUUUUCCUUGCUUUGAUCAUCUGAGCGUGGUAUUGUGUUGUUAAAAAUCUGGUAUUGGAAAUGGAAGGAAAUGUAGGGACCCAUGUAUUGAACAAUUCUCUUCUGAGAUGUCCCUUUCAGAAUGUAAUUGCCUAAUUUCACUCUACCAUGCACUACAGAAUUAGUUGGGGGUUUUGUCCCUUAAAUUAUUUUUCCUAUAUUCAAGUUCUGCAGACAUUUGAAUUCCUGUAUUGAAUGAAUGAUAUUUUUAUAAGGUAGAUUAUAUUGCAGAUCGUGUCUGCACAGCUGAGAAAUCAAUUUGGCAUUGAAUUUUUCAACAAUUAGAUGUGAGGAAGUAUUUCUAUGGGAAAUGUUGCCUUAUUCUGUGUCCCUCAGCUCCUUGUUUCCCAACCAUUUGUUUAUUAAUCUAUCUCAUGUGAUUAAGUUGUCA